GCUCGGCAAAACAGAACAUUCCAGAAACAUGGCGCUACCUCUCUUGUUAUUCUGGUGAUCUAUGUACUGUGAUUGCGUGCGUGUGGUACUACUCACACGAACCUAUUCCUGCUGUCGAGAAAACUCUCCGAUUUGUGAGCAUUGUCCAUCGCCACGGUGAGAGAGCUCCGUUGCAUUCUUAUCCGCUCGACCCUUACAAUGGAGAAUCUUACUGGCCGGAGGGGCUGGGUGCCCUUUUAAAGGUAGGCAAGGUGAACAUGUAUGAACUAGGGAAAUUUUUGAGGCAUCGGAACAGUUCGUUUCUUUCGGAAAUUUACAAACCGAAGGAGAUCUUCGUCUCAACUUUGAACACGGACCGUAUUAUAAUCAGCGGACAACUAGUUUUGGCAGGAUUGUAUCCGCCGGUUGGAAUCCAAAUUUGGAAUACCGAUCUACCCUGGCAACCAAUCCCCCUUCACUUUGUGCCUACUUCUUGCGAUGACACGCAACAGGCAUUAGAUUUGCCACGAUGGGCACAAUAUAUUUAUCCGGAGAAGAUCAAAUCACUCGCUGAAAUGGAGUUCAUGGAAUUUUUCAAAACACCAACUACCAUAAAACUCCAAUCCGGUGUUUUCAUUAACGAGAUCGUGUCAAAUAUGAACAGAAAAAUAGAUGCAAUGAAAAAUUUCGAGCGUCUGUUACAUUUAUAUCCUGUUUCUGAUCGGGUCAUUGUACGUUUAUGGAAGGGUCUAAACAUCUCCCAAGAAAUCACGAACAAGCCCAAUUAUGAAGCGGCUCUUUUCAUUGAACUGCAUGAAAUCAACAACAAAUAUCGCGUAAAAAUUUUACACAAGGAGGGAACCCUAGAUGAUAAAUUAAGAACGUUGAAGACUCGAGGCUGUGAGGACAGUCAUAAUUUAGCUGAGGACGAAAUGUGCGAUCUGGAAGUCUUUUCAUCGGCGUUGGAAUCCAUUAUCAUUACCGACUUCGAUGAGGCUUGCAAAAACAUGAGAUAAAUUCCAGGAAUUUUCUGAGCCCCUCUUAUUGUCGUAUGAAAAAGGGAUAUUUGAAUGAUUUUUGUGCGGUAAGGAUAUUCUUGAGAAUGUGUGCACUCGUACCUAUAUUUCGUGGGAUUUAGGUAGAAUGAACAAAAUAAAUUUUUUAUCUAACUU